AUGCUGAGCGAAACUACCUCACCAUCAUCAUCUUCACCUUCAUCCCCACCAUAUUAUGUCCUUUCCUCUGACACCGAACCCUCUGACCCCCAAUCCCCUACUCUAGCUCAGCUUCAAGCUCGUGCUCUAGCCUCUCAACAUCCAUCACAACUUGAACCUGAACCAGAAGUCGCUUCUCCACCCCCUGAACAACAAAAUCCAACUACAUUUGAACAACCACAAACACCACCACCUGCACAACAACCUAAUCCACCUCCUGAACAACCUAUACCCUCACCAUCUGAACCUCAACUAAAUCCACAACAUGAACAGACAACACCAUCUCCCUCUGCUAUUCCCCCACCACAAACCUUUGUUGCCAUCAUCACUCCUAUUCUAAAUACAAAUGACACCAACCAAACUCCACCAUCCUCCCCAGCCUCUAACUUUGAACCUGAAACUGCCUUCCCCUUCUUAGAAGAAGCAAUGACGGUUUUUGCAGAAUGGAUGACCUCUGAAGCCUUCAAACUGAAAGGCCUCUCUGAACAAGUUCGUAACGACUUCAUCCGAGAUGAUGGUAUAAGGCUCCAAGCUCGCUUGGCCAGAGAGGCUGAGGAAAAGGCCAGGACGGAAGCAGAAGAGAAAGCUCGUCUGGAAGAAGAGCAGAGGAUCAGAGAAGUUGAAGAAAAGGUUGAUGCUGAAGCUGCGGCUGCUGAUGCGGCUGAGGCAAAAGCAAAAGACGACGCUGAAGAAGCAGCACGCAUUACUGAAGAGGAAGCUGCCAAGGCCAGGGCUGAUGCUUUGACUCAGGGGGGGCAAUCUAACUCUGAAUCUUCUCCUUUAGAUUCUCCAUCAAACUCGUCGACAAUGUCAGCUUCCAAAGAUACAAUUUACGCCUUCCAACAGCAAGUUGCUACCGCCACUGAGUUUGCCAAGUAUCCUUCACCUCCUCUUCAAGGAACAAACGAUCAAUUCCAGGUUACUUCUCCAUCCAUUCCUCCACCAUAA